AUGCCUGGUUUCGCCGAUUCGUUCUGGACUCCGGACUAUGCGACCGGUCUCGGGGUCCUGUACGGGAAGCUCCAGCAAGGUGUCGUCGAGAACAAGCAGAUCCUGACCAUUGCGGGCCUGCGUGCGGAUGCGGAGGAGCAGUAUGGUUUCAAGCUGGGGGACAUUGCGCCGAGCGUGGAUCGGAUGACGACUGGGUUCGCCAAGGAUGAUGGGGCGAGCGUGAGGAAGGCAUAUGAAGGUGUUCGCUCGGAGAUGGCCGAGGCGUCGAAGAACCACCAAAAAAUUGCGUCGAACAUCCGCGAGCUUGUCGUCUCCCCCUUUCGACGCUGGUGCGACCAACACGAGGCUCGGAUUCAGAACUCGCAUGACGAUCUGCAGGCCAGGAUAAAGGAGCAUACGAAGCAGGUGGACCUGGUCAAGAAACUGCGCAGUCACUACUUCAACAAGUGCCGGGUGGUAGAAGAUCUGGAGGAAGAGAACAAGCUUGCUUUCCAGGGUCCCGAGACCAGUCCGCAAAUCAAGGCGACUCCGAAGAUCGUCUUGCCGGAAGAGCAGGUAGAGGAGGAAGAGCCAGUUGAGCUGGGUGAUCAAAUCUAUUCCACGGAGGAGGUGAAGAGGCUCCUGAUCCACAUGCUUGAGAACAUCAAGGUCAGGGAGGUCAAGGUUCCUAUUAUUGGAACGUACCAGAAUACCUCCAACGGUGCGGAUCUUGUUGAGUACAUUCAGAAAUAUAUGAACGGAACCAGCGUCAGCUAUGCCGAGAGAAUCGGACAGGAUCUUGUCGAUAAUGGUUUCCUUCGCCUGGUGGGCAACAUUGGAAGCACCUUCGCCAACAGCUCGAAGAUGAACUAUCAAUGGCGCCCAAGAGUGUUCCAGAUCACCGGGAUCCCAGAAAAGAAGAAGCCUCUGAUGCGUGUGACAUCGAUUGCGUCGAGCGAGGACGGAAUCGAGUCGCCAAUUUCUUCGGUAUCAGAAAUGCUGGCCGGCUGGAACCCUCUCAACAAUCCCUACCCGAACGAAACUCCAUCUGAGAAGCUUCGGAGGGAAGCACGCGAGGCUGACGAACGGUACCGGACUGCUGUGCAGAAACUGGACCAGAUUAGAUGCAAGUUGGAGGAGGAGAUCGUGGAAAACCUCCGCUUCAUGGAGCAGUGCGAGCUGGAUCGUCUCAAAGCGAUCAAAGCCGUUGUGCUCGAUUUCUCGGGUGCCAUCAGCAAUGUCAUUCCCAACCUGCAAAGCACAGUGGACCACAUGAUGCUUUACCAGGAGACAAUCCAGCCUCUGGGAGAUCUACGAUACCUGCUGGAAAACUAUCGCACAGGCGGUUUCGUCCCCCGUGUGCAGGCCUACGAGAACUAUUAUGGAUCCGUUGAAGAGCAAAAUUUCGGUGUCGACCUUGAGGCUAGAGCCCGAGCCGAUCGCAAACGAGUUCCUGUCCUCUUGACUACCAUUCUGACAUACCUGGAUAACCACUAUCCAGAACUCGAAGGCGAUGAAGCACGACGUGCCAUCUGGCUCUAUGAUGUCCCCUUGGCGGCAACUCAUCAUCUCCGUAAUAUUUUGAACAACAGCAAAGUGAACUACAUUGAAGUGUUGCAGAAAUUCGAGAUACCCAUUAUCGCAAGCGUAUUAAAAUUGUAUCUUCUUGAAUUGCCCGAUUCUCUCGUCUCUUCGCAAGUCUAUGAGAUUGUCAAGACCAUUUAUUCCACCACUGCCCAUGAGACUACGGAAGAAGGACGGAUCAAAGUGUUGCAGAGCACACUUGGCCAACUCCGUCUCAACAACAUCGCUACGCUUGACGCCAUCAUGACCCACUUUACGCGACUUAUAGAAUUGACUUCCGCUGAUGAAGCAUACAUCUCUGCGUUGGCACAAGCGCUGGCUCCGUGCAUCCUUCGACCCCGGCUGGAGAACAGUCUUACGAUGAACGAACGCCAUAACUAUCGUCUGAUUCGCGACCUCUUCGCCCACAAGGAUGCCAUCUUUGGCGAGCUUAAGCGUCAAUCGAGUGCUCUUGGUCUGGGAUCAACCGCCAACCGCCCACGUGCUAUAAGCACAGAUGAGAGCAACCGUCGCGCGGCGAUGGAGGCACGAAACCGUGCUAUCGUUGAUCGCAGCCGUGCAAAUAGCCCAGCUCCUCCUAGGAAGCAUCGUCGUGACCGCUCCAGCGGUGCCUCAGAGGCUGGACGAUUCCCGAUCCACGUCGGCAGCCCGACUGAAAGGCGGGCAGCCACAAGAAGCAGCUUGGAAGUACCUCCCAAAGUCGAGUCUCCCACGGCAGCAGAGCAACUCACGAGCGUGAACAUCCAGACCAAUGAGAACGCUACCAAUGGCACUUCCAGCGAGUCCCCAACUUCGGCUGCUGCUAGCGUGAGCACCACCUCGGAGUCAUCUAGCUCUCCCCCAGCGCCCGAAUCUGAGGGCUCCCCUACCCCUACGCCCACCCCUGGCUACGUGACAGCCACCGGCGGGCCUGAAAAGCGCAACUCGAUCCCCCGCUCCGGCGCUUUGUUCACUCGCAAGCCCGGGCUGGGCAAUCGGGCCAGCUUCCCCAUUGCCACAGGUACGGACUCCGAACCAGGCAGCAAGCGGAACAGCCUUGCCGAGAGUGAACCCAAGGGUGUGACCCUGGAGGAUAAACCUAUGGAUGAUUAG